AUGCGCUGCUGCACCGUGCUCCAGGACCCAGCCACGUUGUACUGGGACACCCCUCUCGGUCUAGGGCCUUUCCGAGUUGUUGCAGCGUCGUACGGCCACCCGCGAGACCCAAAGUUGGCCAUCGACGUCCGCCGACAGCUGCAAACACGCGUGGGGGUAUCGGAUCGCUUGGACAUAAGACGAGAGGAGAGCCUAACAGACUGGCUAGGAAAUCCCUGCCCGGGCGUUCUGAAGGUUCUGCGCGUUCGGUACGUCUCUCUGGAAGGCGUCGCGAAAGGGCGGCGACGAGAAGUGUGGCUCCAAGAGUCAGAGGAGGGCCACCUUGCGGAGGCGGUAUCUCUUCAAGUGCCGACGAAGCUGCCCCUCGUGGUGGUGUUCUCUGCGGUGUAUGGUUCUCCCGGCGAACCUUCGCGGGGGCGUGGCAAGAUGGACGUGACAGAGUUCAUGCAGGGGAGGGUCGACCUCGCGGACGGAAAGUACCUCUUCAUGUCUCGAAAGGAACCGCUCACGGAUCUCUUCGGCGACCCUUGCCCUGGCCGGGAUAAAUGCUUGGUAAUCCGGUACGAGAUCGUCGGUACGGAAGGAAGGGCGGAGGCGAUCGAGUCGGACGGACGGCUGUUGACACCAAUCAGCAUCAGCUGCACGCCUAUGUUGGCGCCGCUGAUCCUCGUGGAAUCCGCAACCUACGGGCAGACACGAGAGGGCAUCGAUGAGCGUCUGCAGCUGGUGCAGAGAGAACUUUCCGACCUGUUCGCCAUCCAGAACCGCAAAGACAUCGGGAUGCCCCUCAGCCGUGAGGACAACAAGAGGCUCAUGGGGCUCAGACCUCUCAUCGGUGAUCUCAAGUACCUGAAGAAGCUGACUCCCAGGUACGUGGAUAUCAGGGCGCGUCUGCAGGCGAGGGUGGAGGAGCACGGUGGGGGGCUGCUGGAGUUCGUGGCGGCUCAAACAGAUGUCAAUCAGCUCUUCGGGAACCCAAUGCCCGGGAAAAGAAAGGAACUGCGGGUGCGGUAUCUCGUCGUGGGGCACGACAGUGAGCGGCUGACAUCCCUUGAGGAGACCACAUCCAGCGGCUACCCGCGAAACUUCAUCUUGCAGCGCCAGGGUCAGGUGGUCGUGCAGGGUGGUGAAAAACUUGUGAUCGACUGUAACACCGACCUCCAGGAGCUUUUCGACGACCCCUGCCGAGGUGUGCGCAAGAAGAUCAACAUCACCUACGUGGCCAGGGGUCUGAACGGGAUCAUUCGAGUAAGCGAGAAAGACCGAUACCUGGUGGCCGACAUCGUUGUGGGAUACUACAGCAGGCAGAACUUUCGGGAAAGCAAGCUUCUGGCGGAGCGUCACGGUCUCCGCAAGGGGCAUCGGACCCAAGAGUCGACUCACCAGCACUCUCGCCGGGACGAACGAAGCGGUAGCGACAGUGGCAGAGAUAGCGACAGCACAAACGAACCAGUGGAGAACACCGGUAGUUUGACCGUUGCCAACGCAGACGGCCUUUGCGUGCCACGUGGCGACCACGAAGACGGAAGCCUCGAGCCCCCGUUGAGCUUGAAAACGUCGAUGAUGAUGGUGGUCGGCGGUAGCGGCGUCGAUCCAUCCGCAGUAGAGGGUAGAGGUGGAGGAAGUAGGACGCCCACGAUGGCAGAGCGGAGGAGGGAGCGGCGGAGGGAGCGGCGUCAGGCCCACCAGGAAGACGUCCGGCGCAAGGAGGCGGAGCGAGAGAGCGAGCGGCGAAGGAUGCGCGCAGACAAGGCACGACGGGACCGCGAGGUGGCGCGGGCCGUCCGCGAAGCAGAAGACGCUGAGCGCUUGCGUUUGUUGAGCGAAGCGCAGGAAGCCGAGAACGCGGCCGCCGUACCGACUCGCCUGUUGCGCACCAUGCAGAGGAAGGCGGUGGAGGCCAUCGCAGCCGUGGCGUCAGGGGCAGGUACCACCGCCGACGGUCGUGGCGUUGUCGAUGAGCCAGCCAAGGCGGGGACCACUCGUGAUCGCCGGGUACCAGGAGUGAAUUUUAGCAAAAAGACGGUUCUAGAAGAAGAGCGGCGCGACGGCGGUGGCCCGGAACAGGAAAGAAAGGGCCAUCAACCCAGCGUCUUGGGCGAUGGCGAUGACAGUCCCAGCAAAACUAAUAUGACCGCGACAAGGAGACGAUCUCGCAAAGCCGUUGGCCACGGCCUCCCCGCGACACACGCGAACGCUGCACUCGCGGAUGACAACGAGGAGGUCACCGCGCUUGCGGGAGAGACGAGGCAUGCUUUCGCUACCGACGAGCCGAAAAAGGGGAAGCGAAAGACGAAAAGCCGGGAGGCUAGUGAAGGUGGGAGGGGAAGAACGACUGCUGCGGGUCAUCGAGACGUCGAGAGGCACAACAAGGAGCGUGGCGCUCUUCCUCCGCCCCUCCCCGGGACGACCGCGCAAGCUGGUUCCGCCGCUGUCGCCACCGCCGCCAACGACGCCUUGCGGGAACGGUCGGGUAACAAGCGAACAUCCCACUCGCGUGGACACAGCAGGAACGCUCCACAGGGGGAAGCGGAAGCUAACUUGACGGCGGUCUCAUCGCCGCCAAAAGAUGUAGGAGUGGGCGGAACGACAGGUCGACCCAGACGAAAGCCGAGCGAGGAGAGGGUCGGGGAGCCCCGAGCCGUGUUUGCGCAUCGAGCAUCAGCGAUACUGCCCACCGACGAGGCCACUGGCAGUGGAGAGGCGGCCGGCGUAUUGGUGGAGGGUGCAAGGGGAGAGAGAAAUGGGGAGAGUCAUCAACGAAGGGCUAGCAGAAAGGGUCGAGUAGGCUCGGUCUCACCGAGUGAAAUUGUGAACGCUGCGUAG